GCCUCCCAGUCUUGAGGAGGGAAGGGGCUGGUGGUGACUCAAAGCAAGUCUAGAGGCUUUACAGUGAGUGGAACACCUCUCACGGUCCCACCACACACACAUUAAGCCGAGAGAUUUUUCCACUGUAAGACCUGAAGUUGCUCUCUAGAACCUUCACAGAGGAGACAAUUAUCACGACAGACCGGAGAAACAACAACAAUAUGACGGAGAACUCACUGCUUUCAAGACUUUGACUCUCAGAGAAGAGCGGAGGAGAGAAAAGCAAGCCUCGGGGAUACUUGCAUACUUUGUUGUCAUGGAAACCGGAGCCUGGCAGCGGACGCAAGGACCGCCGAAGGUGGAAUGACCUGGCCGGACCGCAUCCUCGACAAGUUACUGUCACGCUGAGAGAAUGCUGUGGAGAAUAACCAUCGCAGCCAUACUGGCUGGAGUGCUCUGCAUCACGGCAGAAACCAAAAAGUCCCGCCCGCAGGGCUACAUCCCAUCGCCGUACAAGACCAAAGGGAACCUGUCAUCCGAGCGCCACCACCGGCUACUGCAGCAGAAGCCCGAGGUGCUCUCGUCUAGCCGCGAGGCCUUGGUGGUGACCGAGCGUCGCUACCUGCGCAGGGACUGGUGCAAGACCCAACCCCUGCGCCAGACCAUCAGCGAGGAGGGUUGCCGGAGCCGCACAGUGGUCAACCGCUUCUGCUACGGCCAGUGCAAUUCUUUUUACAUCCCUCGACACAUGGGCCCCAGCAGCUCAGGACACGGCCAGAAUCGAGGACAAGGAAGAAAAGGCAACAAUAAGGCCCAGGAGCCAUUUCAGUCCUGCUCCUUCUGCAGGCCGCAUCGCGUCACGCAGCUCACGGUGCAGUUGGAUUGCCCAGACCUGCAGCCCCCUUUCAGGCAUCGCAAAGUGCAGAGGGUCAAACAGUGUCGCUGCAGGUCUGUGGACGUGAGCGGCCACGGAAAGCUGUGAAGACCAUGAUGAAACUCACCAAUGAUGCCAAAAAAUGUCCUGUCUCCUUGCUUGGAACUUAAUGUAACACAGAACGAGAAGACACUGAUUAAAUCAAAGACUAGAGGACAUGUUAAGAGACUGGUAUAUGUCGGUCUGGACCAGACAUUUUCCUUUACUGCCACGGGAAGGAGUCCAAAAUCCCCAAAAUAUCCCGGACCCAAACUGUGAAAAGGUGUUUACCUGUAGGCGAUGUUCAGGCGUGCUACUUUUCUUAAUCCUUCUCAUCUUAAAUCUAUUCAGUGUCCUAAAUGAUACACAGUUGGUUGUCAAGAGGCAACACGAUAAGGACUAUGUACAUGUUUGGACACACAGGUAUACUAGAAAAACAAUAAGAAAAAAUAAUAAGUUCUCACAAGAAUUUAGUAGGAAAUUAUACAAAAACAAACUAUUUUACUAGAUAUGGUUGACAUGCUUAAAAUGAUUAUUAUUAUUAUUUUGCUGGUUUUGUAAAUUUUUAAAGCAUUCUGCAUUCACAUCGUUAGAAACGUUUCAAGGUAAUUUUUUUCCUAGAAAUACCCAAAUACAGUACGCUUUCUAUAGCAUUUGCUUUUUGUAUAGAAUUCUACUAAAUUCAUGUGAGGACAGGCUGUACUGCUGCAUGUGUAAUUGAAGUGCAAUGCAAUAUAUAUAUAAUACAAUAUAUACAUGUAUGUGUGCAUAUGUGAAAAAGUAUAUUAAAUCUAUUUCAUAUAAAACAA